CGCUCAUAUGGCUGCCUGCUGCCCGGCGGGACGCACAGACUCACACGGGCACACCUGCAGCAUGGACGCGGAGGAGAGCGCGAAGCAGGGAGAGCAGCUCCAGGACAUCAGCUCCAACGGGGACAAACCUGAGGACAGCCUCCCCCUGGAGAAGCCGCCCUUUUCCUACGUGGCUCUAAUCGCCAUGGCCAUUAAAGACAGRGAGGACAAGAGGGUGACGCUGAGCGGCAUUUAUCAUUACAUCAUCUCUAAAUUCCCUUAUUAUGAGAAGAACAAGAAGGGAUGGCAGAACAGCAUCAGACACAACCUGUCUCUGAACGAGUGCUUCGUCAGGGUGCCCAGAGACAACAGGGGGGACAGGAAGGGCAGCUACUGGACGCUGGACCCGGCGUUUGAAGACAUGUUCGAGAGGGGGAACUACCGGCGCCGGAGGAGAGUAAGGAGACCCUACAGACCCUCGAGCGUGCCUUACCUGGCAGGACCCCCCGCGGAGCUCCCCGAGUCGCUCUACCUGCAGCCGUACGCCAGCGGUGCUUCAUGGGGGCUGUGCCAGCCCGGCUCGACCCAGACAGGUUACCCCGGACCGCAGGCCGUCUCCGGACACACCGGCGGCUCCUACUACACGCCCCCGCACCUCCACCACCCGGUGUACGGGGCGUACAACCGGCACCCGUCGGUUCUGUUCCCGCACAACGGCUACCCGUACGGCGGCGUGGCCCAGCCCGUGAGUCCGGACGCAGGCACCGUGUCUGUGGGCUGCAACUACCAGCAGUUCACGUCCUACGUGAGGCAAGCAGAAGCGCCGCUGGCUUAUUUCUCAGACCUGUAGGGACCUGAGUUUCUGAGUCCUGAACACAGGUUAAAAGACUCGACGUUUCAUGUUUUAACAUUUCAGUCCUGCUGGUUUGUCAGGGGGCUGAUGGUUGAUGGUUGAAGGAGGUUCAAAACUGGUUUAUCCCACCUGUUUCUCGCUGAGAUGAAGUUUCAUUAUCAAAUCAAUUACAAUUAAGAAGUCUUAAAAGAAAUGGAAACGACAGUUUGUGAUAAUGUCUCAUAAAGUAUGAGUUAUUUUGAUUUUGCACUACUUUAUUUUUGGCUAUUUGUUUCCAUCAUUGUCUGUUUUUUUUUUUUUUACUCUAAGUUGGAGCUGCUCGUUUGAUGGAAAUAAAGCACUGAUCUUUUUUUAUUUUUGUUCUGAAUGUUUCUUGAAGUAAACGAGCCUACACUGUAUUUGUUAAAAUAAAAAUGRUAUUUUUGCACGACUCAA